AACAGCGGACAGCAGACAGAAAACAAAACAUAAAGCCGCAACCGAACCGCACAAUAACCUCAAGUGGAAGACAAAGCAAAGGAAAGGUUGCCUUGUCAUCGAAAUGGUGGCUUUUGAUGGACGAAUAAAAAACAGUUGGGUAAAAACCCAUCUAAUCAACUCUGCCUCAACACCAAAUGUAUCUCCUCCAAAUAACAGCUGUGAUAGUGCCAAUGAGACUUCAACCAAGAUAUUGUUGUCACCAGUUCACAAGAGCAAGCAAACACGACUUCUUAUUAAAACUGACAUGUCCGUGCCCCAGAAAAUAGGACUGAAUUUAAAUACUAGUGUGCAUUUGAAACAAAAGGCGCGCUACAACUUAGUGCACCUGUUCAAUGAGCUAGUCAUUCUCAUCCUCUGCGUUUUUGGAAUCUUCUGCUACUUAGAAAUCCAGAGGUUAAAGGAGGAUGUAGAAAUACUAAAAUUACAAAUGAGGGCAGUGGAGGAUCCAAUUAAGCUUAACUUGGAAGUGAUGAACACACUAAUCAAGUCCAUUGAGCAGAACAAAGAGGAUAUCAUUGAGGAAAAUGAAAUGUCAAGACAUUCAGUGGAGAAGCGUGAAGCUGAUAGUGCAGAAGACGGGAGACCUUGUUCAAAUUGUUCCAGCAUUUGGAGAGUGGCUCGGUCUGUUAGCAGAGGUAAACACACACAUUCCAAGAACAGAAACGGAUCUCACGGCAGAUGUUUCCGUACAUCUGGACCCCUUGCUUUGCAUUUGAGAGGAGCUCUGCCUGAGAUAACUGUUAGGGAUGGAGGAGUCAUAUCCCCGUGGUACGUUGAUAAAUCAUCCUCUGGUGGCUUCCUCCUGGCAGACGGAAUCAUCGGAGAGAGGAAAGGAGUUUUGGAAGUGGUUGAAGAGGGUCUCUACUAUAUCUAUGCCCAGAUCUACUAUCUAACGUCCAGCUCACUGAACAGUUACGCUAUCAGUGUCCAGCUAGGCGACAGUAGAGGACAGAGGGAGGACACUGUGAUCUCUGUGUGUAGUGCGGAGGCUGCUGUAACUAAGAUGUCCGAACUGAGCUGCUUCACAUCCACCGUACGUUACUUGCGACGCGGCGACCGUCUCUACGUCACCCAGAGGGAGAGGAAUCGCAGAAUCAUCUUCCGUGACAAUCAGAGCUUUUUGGGCUUAGUUUUGUUGAACUCCCACCACGUCAAUAAUUGAGGAGGGUUUAAUUUUACCAUCUACCAUAGUUUUACUGAGAGCCAAUUAGUUUCUAAAUUUUAAUACUGAGGAUCGUAUGAUGUUAUUGUUGAAGUAGAAAAGUAAAAGAUAAUUUUGGGUUUUUAAGGAAAUAAAACAAAAUUUUGUAUUACACUAAUUUGCUGUGGUAAAAUUUGUUGUUGUUGUAUAUUUGAGAUAAAUUUAUUGCUUUCGGUUAUUUUUGUUUCCAAGAUGAUUCUGUGGUAUUCUUUUUGUAAAUUUAUAGUGUUAUGAACCAGGUUGGAAUAAAAAUGUAGCAUAUUACAUAGUAUAAAUGCAAAACUCAUACCCCCUGAACAUUAAAGUUGUUUUAGGUUUCAAAAUACACUACUUGUAUUACUACUUAGUGUGUGCAAGUAACUUUUAAUUUAAUUGGCUCUCAGAAGGCAAUGGUUGUUUGCAAUUUUAAUCAUGUGCCUUUAUUGUGCCUGCAAUUCUCAAGUGCAUUUAUUGUGCCUAAAAUUCCCUAGUGCCUUUUAAAGUUAUUUGAUAUUGCAAUACUCAUUAAGUACAAGUUGGUUUAUGUAGAUUUUGUUUUGUGGUUUGUAAAGAGAAAUGCAUUUACUUAGUGUAAAGAACUAUUUUAUUAAAAUUUUGAACAAUUUAGAGACUGAUUCAUGAAUAGAAUAUAAGUAUAUUUUAAUUAAUGAGUAAUUAAGAUAAUGUAAAAUGUUGCAUCAAACAAUUUUUUACACUUUCAGACACAAUAAAAAUAGAUUGUGUAGAGUGUGACAAAUGGAAAUUAUUUCUUUUUACAGUUCUAUGAUCAAUUUUGAAUCAGUCUCAAAAUGUUCUAAUUUUGUUUGAAGUACUUGUAUUGUAAAUUCGUAGUUUUAAGACUUGUGAUCCUUGUGUGAUAACAACAUACUUAAAAGGGUAAAUUAUAAAUGUAUUCCUCAGUAUUAACUCAUUUGCUUUUGGUGCUAAUGACACAAUUUGUUUAUUGGGAUUUGUUACGAACUAAGAAAUAGUGUGUGCUCAAAAAGACUAAUUGUUAAUUUUAUUGAAUUUAUUAGUUAAGAAUAUACCUCAUAUCUAGUAAUGAGGUUUUACCAUUUUGUUGGGACUUGUAUUGUAUUUAAGUUGAAUAAUUUUCCUUAAAUGUAAGUGUGUCAAUAUUUUCUUUAACAGGCUUUGAUUUAAGGUGUUUUAGAAAAGGUAACUCCGAGACAUAUUAAUAACUUGCAUAUAAAUAAACUUUUUUAGAGUAAGAAUGUGAAAAUUGUUUAAAACUAAUACAUUAAGUGACAUUUGAAGACAACAAUCUAAACACUUCACUUAAAUUUAUGAAAAUGUGAUGGUUUUGUUUUUCACUGAUAAGGACAAGUAAUCUGGAAAGGUUUAAAACCCAAGUUACAAAUGGUUCCCAAAAGAUAUAUUUUGGUCUCAAUUAGUUUCUCAGGUAAGAUGGUUGGGAAUUAGUUUUGAAUUUAAAAUGUUAAAUACAAUUCCAAUUAAACUUUAAAUUUUUACUUAACCUUGUAUUAAAUCAGAAAAUAAAAACUAGACUCUUAAGGGAAUUUAAAAAUACAAUGUCAAUAAUGUGGUCCCAUCCAGAAGCAAAUGCUUCUUAAUGCCCCAUUAAGAGUACCUACCUACACAAUAACCUUACAAAAAAUAAUGUUUUUAGUUAGAAAGUUGCUAGUAGGCUAUGUCAAUCAAACCAUAAAAAUAAAAAAAAUAACCAUAAAAAGAACGUAGCAGAUUUUGAACCACCGACGCUCUUACGGUCUCUAUGUUUUUUGGAGUAACUGCCGUUCGUGAAGUCCAGUAGAUUUACCACUCAUAAUGGACCCUGUUGUCCAAAAUGCAGUCACCCAACCAUUGAUCUGUGAUCAGGAACCAGUCCAUUACAGGCUACAUCAAAAUGUUAUAGACAACAUGUACCGUUGCGCACUGUUAAAUUGUCACUGUUUCUGAAGAAACUGUUCCACAGCAAAAACGCGGUGCUCGACCAUCCACUGUGCCGUCUCGUGGCAAAUUGGAUACCAUGGUCGACUUACAGACGGCCGGCAUUGGACUCGACCCAUCCCCUCCUAAUAGUACUACGCAGUUCAAAUCCGACCAUCCUUUUUGCGCCACCCUGUAUUUUACAAAUUUUAACCAAAAGUUUUGUUUGAUUUUAAGUUAUUACAAAAUAUUUUAUCUUAAUCAUCAUUGAUAAUAUGCGACCUUCAAUGAAACUGAUUUUUAAAUUUUGAAGUACAGUAACAUUAAUAGUAGACUUAGUUAGGCCUAUAACAUAUUUUGAAAAAUACAUUUAAAUAUCUAGUACUUUAGAUUGGAUUCAUGUAAGGUUAAAUAAUAUUUAUUUACCCAAAAUUGCAUAUCGUUUAUACCUUGUUUUAUCGUCUUCUGUUCAUUUCCCCUGAAAUAUGCACUUGUUUUUCAACAUAGCUAGCUACAGCUACCAAGAUAUGAUAGCAGUUCUUUUUACUGAUGCAGAAAAAUAAAGGGAAGAUCAUUGAGCUAUUUGGAGGAAUUUCAAUUGACUUUUGAAUCCUUAAAAUAAUUAUUAAUAAGCAUACUUUUGAUAAAAUAUCUUAAAUUGCCUCUCUAAUUAAAGUUGUAUGGUGAAUUAACAAUUUUUUUAGAAAAUGUGUAAGUACGGUCAUAUUAUAUAUUCAACCGAUUUUGGGACUAAAUAAAAUAUAUUGACAGAGAUAAUAACUUUUUGCUAAUCCAAGAUUUACUGAUCCAAACUAAUGUAUUUUUAUCCAUAUCGGUUACAAAUUCCAUUACUUGUGUUUAAGGACUUGUUAAGAAUUAAUUUAUAAAUAAGAAAUUGUGUUAUUGAUUUAUUUUUAUCCAUAUCGGUUACAAAUUCCAUUACUUACGUUUAAGGACUUGUUAAGAAUUAAUUUAUAAAUAAGAAAUUGUGUUAUUGAUUUAUUUUUAUCCAUAUCGGUUACAAAUUCCAUUACUUACGUUUAAGGACUUGUUAAGAAUUACUUUAUAAAUAAUAAAUUGUGUUAUUGAUUUAUUGCUCAAAUCUUUUGUUCCAUUGAUCUUAAGAGUAAUUAAACUGUUAUGUAGGUUGCUUAUAAAAACCAUGUUUUGUACAAAAUAAACUGUUUUUAAUAGAA